AUGAAUCUCCCGAUGGCGUCGGAAGACGAUCGGCAAGUCGCACAGGAGCUCGGGCUCCUCCUACGGGGCACCGGGGAGGGAAAUGUGCCGUUUUCUCAGACUCGUUACGAGCAAGUGUCUAUAUCGGGGACGACUGGGGGGCCGGGAGACGGCUCUGCAGCGUCAGCGGCCGCGUCCCUAGAAGCGCAGUAUGGGCUGCGAGACCAGCAGGGGGCUGGGGGGGGCGCUAUGACGGGUGGAAUGGCGGGCGGAAUGGCGGGCCCGGAGGGUUUUGGCGGUGCGCCUGCGGCGGGGGGAUAUGGCGGGCGGGACUACCCCCACAGGAGCGGCAGCGCUCCGCCGUCGGUGGAAGGGUCGAUCUUUGCGAUGGUCUUGAUCUAUUCUCCCGCGCCUUACCUUCCGCGUACCUCGUCCCCGUUCCCGGCUCUGCAGGAGGACUUUCCCCGCACGCCCUCCCCCAUCUUCGCGCUUCAGCGCGCAGCCAGCCGCUCAGGCGCGGACGAUUCCGCGGACGCCGCCACCGCCGCCGCCGCUGCUGCCGCCGCCGCGGUGCCGUCUUUCCUCAGCGCUUCCGCCAAUGACCUUCCGCGGCGCCCGCGCUCGUCUCUGCAGCUUGACGACGCGCACAGGCACGAGCUCGCGCUGCUCACCGCGGGGCUGCAGGCGGGCGGAGGCGCAGGCGGAGGGGGGGGAAGGGGCGCGGGGAACACGCGCGGAGGGGGCGCGAGUAGCGUUCCGCCGCUCCUUGGCGCAGGGUCGCGUUCGGGGACUCCGCUUAUCCCCCCCGGAUUGGUCGCGGGGAGGGUUAGCCCGGGACUGGCGAUGCAGCUAGCAGCGGCUCAGGCAGCUUCGGCUGCCAAACCUGCGGGUCUGCCUCGGGCGCAGUCCCCAGCCUUUGGAGUAGCGUAUCUCCAAUACCUCCCUCCUUCCUCCACAACCAACCCCCCCACCUCCGCCGCCGCCGCCGCCGCCGCCGCUGCAGCAGGCGCAGCAUCGUUCGUGGUAGGGUCUCCCCCUUACCCAACCUUCCUACACGAAUCCCUCCCCCUUCCGCCGGGUUCCGCCAGUUCCGCCGGUUCCCCCUUCCUGCCCCCGCACCUUGCUGGCGGGGCAGGCGCGCCUGGCUUCCCCCACGCGCUUCCCCCUGGCGGAGCAGGGGGAGUCUUGCCCGGGGGAGGUUUAUCUGGAGGGGCUGUAAACGGGUUUUAUCUGUCAGGGGGAGCAGGUGGGGGUGGUGGUGGUGGUGGGGGUGGUGGCGCUGCUGCUGCUACUGCAGGAGCGGGUGGGGGUGGUGGUGAUGGUGGUGGGGGUACUGUUUCACUAGACGCCAACGCGCAGCACUAUCUGCCAAGCGAAGCCGCCCAGUUCGCCGCUGGCGGUGCUGGCGGUGGGGGCGCCGGUCCAGCUGGCAUGAACAGUGGCAUUGGGCGGUCAGUGAGUGCGGGCGGCGGGGUGAGGCGGGUCGGGGCGGCAGCAUCAGGGGAAGGUACAACUGCUGGUGUGGGCACGGGUACUGGUGGUAACACUGGUGCUAAUAUGGGGGGCGCUAAUAUGGGGGGUGCUGCUGAUUCAAUGUUACCCCCUGAAGUGCAGCACCUACUAGCCAUGCACCCGCAGUACAGAGCACAGAUCCUUGCAGGUUUAUCUGGGCUGGGUGUGUCCGGGGGCGGGGGAGGCUUAUCUAGUGGAGGGUUUACCGGGGGAGGAGGUAUGGGAGGGGGUAUGACUGGUGGUGGUGGCGGUGGUGGUGGUGGUAAUGGUGGUGGGGGCACUAGUGCUAGUGGGCUUGCCGCUGCUGCAGCAGCAGUAGGAGGAAUGGGCAUGGGUAUGAACAUGGGUAUGGGGAUGGGCAUGGGUAUGGGUAUGGGGUCGGGUCCCUCUGCUUAUCUCCCCGGGGGCAGCCAGCCAUUGGGGAUACCUGCUGACGUGGCGCGAUCCCGCGCCGCCGGCCUGCCAGCUGGCGCUCCGCUCGGCGGCAACAACAACAACCCUCCGAUGUACUAUGGAAGCCCUCCAGGAAGCUUCCUCCCUGUGAUGACCUACCCGCCUUUAUCUCCUGCUAGUGGGGGAGGGGCGGGCGGAGGAGUGGUGCCAGCUGGCAUGUUGCCACAUCAGCAGGGCAGCAUGCUGAGUGUGUUGGUGUGUGGUGCGCACAUGCUGCUGACUGGUGCUCACAUGCUGCUGACUGGUGCUCACAUGCUGCUGACUGGUGCUCACAUGCUGCUGACUGGUGCUCACAUGCUGCUGACUGGUGCUCACAUGCUGCUGAGUGGUGCUCACAUGCUGCUGACUGGUGCUCACAUGCUGCUGACUGGUGCUCACAUGCUGCUGACUGGUGCUCACAUGCUGCUGACUGGUGCUCACAUGCUGCUGAGUGGUGCUCACAUGCUGCUGAGUGGUGCUCAGAGUGCGGACCAGCACGGGUCGCGGUUCAUUCAGCAGAAGCUCGAGAUGGCCACGGAUGCAGAGAAGGAGAGAAGGAGCGGAGCAGAGGCCGCGGAUGGAUGCAGAGAAAGAGCUCGUGUUCUUGCGGACCAGCAUGGCAGUCGGUUCAUCCAGCAGAAGCUCGAGAUGGCCACGGAUGCAGAGAAGAAGAGAAGGAGCUUGUGUUCUCACGGGUCGCGGUUCAUCCAGCAGAAGCUCGAGAUGGCCACGGAUGCAGAGAAGGAGCUCGUGUUCUGUGAGGUGCUGCCGCGCGCUCUCUCCCUUAUGACGGACGUGUUCGGGAACUACGUGAUUCAGAAGGUGCGUGUGUGGGGUCAAGGGGGGAUAGAGGGCGGGAGAGGGAGUAAGGGGGGAGCAGUGAAGGAGAGAAGGAGUGAAAGAGUCGACGGUGCGUGUGUGGGGUCAGAGGAGGUUGGAAAAGGGAAGGAAGGGGAGGGGGGGGGGAGUGGGUUAAAUGCAGAGCAGAUAAGGAGAGCAGGAGAGAAGCGGCUUGGGUUCUGUGAGUUCUUCGAGCAUGGCCUGGACUCGCACAGGGCUGCACUGGCAGCGGAGCUCAAGGGGCACGUGCUGGCGCUGGGGCUGCAGAUGUAUGGCUGCCGGGUCAUUCAGAAGGCCUUGGAGGUUCUGCCUCUUCCGCAGCAACUGGAGAUCAUAGCCGAACUCGAGGGCAGUGUGAUGCGGUGUGUGCGCGACCAGAACGGCAAUCAUGUCAUUCAGAAGUGCAUCGAGUGUGUGCCGCCCGCUCAUAUCGCCUCCAUCGUCAACAGCUUCUACGGCCAAGUCGUUGCGCUCUCAACCCACCCGUAUGGGUGCAGAGUUAUCCAGCGGGUGCUAGAGCAUUGCACGGAGGAGCAGAAGCAGAGGGGAGUGAUGGAUGAAAUCAUGCGGUCAACGUGUGCUCUAGCCCAGGACCAGUACGGCAACUACGUGGUGCAGCACGUCUUGGAGCACGGGAGCGAGGACGAGAGGAACGUGAUUAUAACGAAGCUGGCGGGGCAGAUAGUGACGAUGAGCCAGCACAAGUUCGCAUCCAACGUGAUUGAGAAGUGCCUGCAGUACGGCGGGCCGGCUCAGAAGCAGCUGCUCUUGUCGGAGAUGCUGGGGAGAACGGAUGAGAACGAGCCUCUUCAGGCGAUGAUGAAAGAUCAGUUUGGCAACUACGUGGUGCAGAAGGUCCUGGAAACGUGCAGCGAGGGGCAGAGGGAGAUGGUGCUGGGGCGCAUUCGCGUGCAUCUGCACACACUCAAGAAGUUCACCUAUGGGAAGCACAUCGUUGCACGCGUGGAGAAACUUCUGGCCGCUGGAGGCCGUAUGCAAUCUCGGGCAGAGAGAGAGCGGGUGAUGGCACCCUCCUACUCAGGACCAGCUGGGGGAGGUUUCACUGGUGCAGGCUUUUCCGGUGGAGGGAACGUUGCAGGGAUGGGUUCAAGCCGGCAAGGCACGCGCGAGAGACUAUUCGACCGCGACGACCAGAGCCUCAAGUACAAGGGAGUGCAGAAGCAUGUGCGCGGCUGGCUCGUCAAGUACGCGUCGCGCGGCAAGACCGUUGUGCUGGGCGUUCGUCCGACGCAAGAGGAGGCGGCGUCGCUCUAUGACAAGUUCGCCUACAAGGUUCACGGCAACGCCGAGACGCUCAAUCUCGGUCUCACGCUCGCCGAGAAACGAGCCCUAGACGCUCUCUCCGACCGCGAGUUCCUCGCCAUUAUAAAAAAGGACAACUUUAAUCUAAGCUUCCGUAAAGGAUGGAGUUCGAAUUACAUCGGCGUGAGCUGGUACGAAGACUAUGGCGGAUGGGUGGCGCAGGUGAACAUGGGGGGGAUCACGCGGAAGAUCAAGCGGAGCAAGACGGAGGAGGUGGCCGCUGCGGCCGUUCGAUCGCGCGCUGCUGCGACGCGACGGCGACCUUAUCGCAAUAUCUCUUUUCCCCCCUCUUCCCCCUCCGCCCCCCUCCCUCCCCUUCCCCCUUCACGCCGCAGCGAGCUGGUGGCGGGGUGGGCGGGCAAGCUCCGCUGGGGAGUGAUGCACAACAAGGACAAGGGCGUGUGGGAGAUGGUUCUCUAUAUCGGCCCCAAACCGUUUCUCCGAGGACGGACGCUGUUGGGAGACGAGGCCGCACGCCUCUACGACAGGUGCGUUUUCAGCUUCCCAGGCGAGUUAACAGGAGUGAUGCAAAACAAGGACAAGGGCGUGUGGGAGGUGGUGCUCUGUAUGGGUCCGUCUGCAGCUGGGAAGACUUUGAGUCGACUCAAUAGUCGUCCAGGCGAGUUAACAGGAGUGAUGCACAACAAGGACAAGGGCCGUGUGGGAGGUGGUGCUCUGAUGGCCUACAAGUUCCGAGGCACGUCAGCAGUGCUCAACUUCGGGCUAUCCGCUGCCGAGAAGCUGGAGUUAGAGCAAAUGACCAAGGACGAUUUCCACCUGCACCUGCGCAAGACCUUCGUCCGCAGCUUCCGCUCGCGAUCCUGUCCGUCCAUCUACAAGGGCGUGAAGUGGGGCCCGCAGGAGCAGAAAUGGAUCGCCGCAAUCCGCGUGGGAAACCGGUUGUUUUCUAAGAUUGGAUUGUAUGACGCGGAAGAGGAGGCAGCUGCUGCUUAUGAUCGGACGAUCGUGGAGGUCCGCGGGGUGCAUGUGAUGGACUAA